AUGGCACAGCGUGUGGCCUUCAUUACCGGAGGCAGUGGUGGGAUUGGACGAGCCACCGCUCACAAACUGGCCAGUCGGGGCAUCUCCAUCGUGGUGGCCGACAUGGACCAGCAACAAGGUGCAAAGGUGUCGGAGGAGGUGGCCAAGAAGUGGAAUGUCAAGACCAAGUUUCUCCAGCUCGAUGUCACGCAGGAGCAACAAGUCAAGGAUGCCAUCGCCGCGUCGACAGAAUGGACAGGGCGCCUCGACUACGCCGCCAACUGUGCCGGCAUCUGCGAGGCCAUAUGGGCUGAAGAGGAAAGCAUUACCACCGAGCUGUUCGAAAGAACAUACGCCAUCAACACCAAGGGUCUGUGGCUGUGUCAGAAAUACCAGGCGUUGCAGAUGAAGACCCAGGAUCCUCGUCCGAUCUCGUUCGAACCGGCAUGCCCUCACAACAUUCCAGGACAGCGAGGUUCCAUUGCCAACGUCGUCUCCAUCUCUGGCCUUCAAGCUGCCGGCCUGGCAGCAUACACACCCUCCAAGUAUGCUGCCAUUGGCGUGACCAAGAACGGAGCGAAGUUCUAUGGGCCAGACGGGAUCCGCGUCAAUGCUCUGUGUCCGGGGUGGACGUUGACCCAAAUGAUCGUGAAGUCGAUGGGCGCCGAAGGGACGAUCGGGUCAAAGGAGAACGAGGAGUCUCCGGUCAGUAAAGCGAUUGCCCUGCGAAGAAUGGCGUUUGCUGAGGAGCAAGCAAACGUCUUGAGUUUCUUGUUGAGUGACGAGAGCAGCUACAUGAACGGAUCGCUGGUGGUGAAUGAUGGCGGCUUCCACGACAUCCGGUGA